AUGGCUAGCCCACGGCGGCCUCGGCCGGCGGCAGCGGACUGGUCGUCGAUGCACGUAGACUUGGUCGAGUGCAUCGCGGAGCGGGUGCUCGCCGGCGACCUGAUUGACUACGUCCGGCUCCGUGCCGCGUGCUCCCACUGGCGCUCCUGCACCGUCGACCCGCGCGGGCGCGGCGUGGCCGACCCCCGCUUCCACCCGCGCCUGUGGAUGAUGCUCCCCGAGGGCCAUGGCCUGCACCCCGGCCACGCCAAGCUCUGCGGCCACGUCCGCUUCUUCAACCGCUACACCGGCGCCUUAGUCAGCGUCCACCUCCCGCUUUUCGUGGACCACGCCGUGCUCGACUCCACCGACGGCCUCGUCCUCCUGCAGCGCGACGUUGACACCACCGUCCACCUCCUUAAUCCCUUCACCGGCGACAUCUGUGAGCUCCCGCCGCUCAAGUCCGUCUACCCGCAGCUCAACCUGAACCUGCUGCCGUACUUCCGCAGGGUCUCCGCGGCUGUCUCCGUCGCCCCCGCGACCGGGACCAUCACCGUCCUGCUCGCGCUGGAGUAUCUCGACGGCUUCGCCCAUGCGUCCACCGGCGACAGGGGGUGGACGCUCACAAGAUGUAGCGCGAACAGCUUGAGCAUGAGCAGAACACUGCCGUUCCAUGGCAGCCUCUACAUGGUCCAAUUUGUUUCGUCUGAGGAGCCAAGCAUUUUGCGCCUUGACCCGCCCCUCCUCGAGGAGGAUGGCUCAUCCUCGCCGUCGCUGCCACCGCCUCAGACGAUCGCCAAACUCCCAGCCAAUCUGAUGAUACAGCCGCGGCUUGUGGAAUGCGACUCGGAGAUCCUGGUGGUUGGCAACACCGACAUCUCCUGUUCGCACCUCGUGGUGAUCAGGCUCGCCGACCUCCUGCAGGGACGGCCUGCUGCUCCACUGACAAGCAUCGGCGACCACUGCCUCAUCUUCGGCAUGCGAAGCUUGGCGGUCUCCUCCAAAGGGCUGCCUUCCAUCUCUCGGAACUCCAUCAUUAUCUGUGACAUCGAAAAGGAUCGCGUACUGCAGUACAAUCUCGGUGAUGGCACCUUGUUGCCGGCGUGCGAUGGAGACACUGUCCGGAGUCCACCGCCAUGUCCGCACAGCAUGGUCAAUCACCUCAUCACCUGCUGCUACCGCCACUAUUGGAACAAAGGACUGAUCUACUGCUCCAGCACACGCCCUUGGUGGACGACGAAGGAAAAGUGGAGGCGCGGGUCUUGA